ACCAAAGGAGCUUCUGAUAUCGGAGCAAUGUUGGAAUUAUCGGAGACCUGCAGUAGUUAUAGAAGGGACAUUGUUUGUUCUUCUAUGUUGGGUUUUGUGAACAUAAGGAACGUUAGUGUUUUAUGAAAUCUUUAAAUAAAAUUAAACGGUGGAGUAACAUUUUGAUUUCUGUAAAUAUAUAAUAUACAUGGACAAAACGAAACACAUGACAAUAUGCCUGUCUGUAAAGUUUUGGGUAUAACUGGUAGUCUGGGAAAUAGACUAAGACUGAAUCCUGUGUUCUUGUUGGAAAUAAUUUUAAUCCUUAAUACUUUUAUGAUCGAAGGACGAGGAACGAAAGGUAGGACAAGGAUAUGCAGAAAUUUCAAACGCCGUGUUGGCCUCGAAAGUGACUAUUUAGAGAUCAUAGAUACGGAGAAUCGAACAUGUCCACCGACUUCCGCCACCUUUAGCUUGUAUCAUGUGACAGCGUCUGAAUUAAGUCGUGCCGACUCAAUAGAUUUGCUGGUGUGCUGGUCAGAAAAUGUGAAACGAUUUGCCUUACAUUUUGACAAUUCAAUUCAAAUUGAUGACGUUACUCGUAAUGACGUCACAGCACCUGCCAGUGUUCUUCGGUCGUGUUCGAGAACCAACGACACGGUUUACUACAAUCGAAAAAAAGGGAGGUCGCACUCUCAUCAACUACUGCUGACAAUUACAAAUACCACUCUGCCAAUUGAUAUUACUGCAUUUUAUAGUUAUACGAUAAGCAGUAGUCUCCGUAGCCAUAAAAGUAAAUUGAGGUACAGGAUUAAUUCUGAAGACAGCAAACGUCGAAUCAAACGCUCCACAUCUGAUGAAGAAGAACUUUCGUAUUCAUCUCCAACGCAAUGUGGCAAGUCACGCAAUUGUUACAGGUAUGGUGAAGAUGCGUGUGGCCACUUCGGCUGCAAGUACUUCUUGUCUUAUAACCGAUCCGGAAGUAUAUUAGAUAUCGAGUUGAGUGCCAAGACUUCCGGUUGGGUAGCUGUUGGGUUUUCCUCGGACGUUAACAUGGGCGGCAAGGACGAGGUCAUCCUAUGUAAACGGACGUUUACCAGUCUCCCUAACGCAUCUCAAGUAAAUGCUGCCACCUACAUCAACGAGUUUGUCCACGACCCGCCCAAACCCUUACAAGAAGCUGAACUUGUCUCCCUUGUUUCGUCAAGUGUACGGGACGGUUUUGUCUUCUGUCACGUGACUAGACCGCUGGCAGGUGAUAAUCACAUGGAUCUGACCAAUGCGUGGUUCCAGCUGUACGCAUUUGGCAAAGUAUCAAAUAUCGGAGAGCUAGUUAAACACAGCGAACUCCCAAAGGUAUCAAAGAAGGUUUCUAUGAUGCAGCCGAUGAAUGAACUGACGAACGGAUCAUGCGACCCAUUGAAAGAGGGCAGGACAACAGGACUACUUUUUGUUCUUAUAAAUGUUCUUUACUUUGCAUUACUCAAAUGAUUACAUUACUUUGUGUGUGUGUUUGUGUGUGUCAAAUUUCUUUGUAACCACUACCGAUAUGAAGAAAUAUUCACACUUCAAUGCUACUGUUUGUAUAAUGAUAACAUUUGGAAACUUUGUGUAACCAAAUCAAUUUUUUUAUUUAACUGUCAUUUUGAAAGACAAGUUUAAUGGCAGUUUUAUAUUGUCUUGAUAAUUUUACAUCUACGUUUAUAUCUUUACAAAUGUGUUUAUAUUUACACGUCUGUGUUUUAAUCUCUGCUGCUUUGUAUGUUUGUAAUUUGCAUUUCGUAGUCAUUCAAGACAUGCGUAAUUAAUCAAUACAAAACCUGUAUAUCUUAAGUAAAUACAAGUCGUCACAUAUGUAUAUUUAAUGUAAUGUAAAUAGUAAAAAUAACUUGUAUAAAACUACAAUUUGUUCGACGGCUUCUAAAUUUUCUUUAUCGUAUAAUGUGUGUAUAUAACCAUGUUAUCUGAAAAUAGAUGUUGCCGCUAUGACUGUUACAUAAAUGUAGAUUAAAUCAUAAUUGAAAUGUAUUGAAAUUAGCUAUUGAUUAAAGUAUUGCAUAUUGGUACAUAGCCAAAUGACAUAGCCAAUAUUUUAAUACAUAUUACUUUAUAUAUUUUAUUAUUAUUUUGUAUCGCUUUUUAGAUUUUGAUAUAUAGUAGUCUUCAUAUGUUAAUUGAGCUUAAACUUCCAUAAAUGUAUUUCAUAGUGUAAUUACUGAUUUGAAUCUUUGGCCAUGUUGUUCAAACACUUGUUUAGUAAAACAAUAUGUGUAAAUGAUUUACCCAUUGACACAAUAUCUUAAUAUUGGUUUCUUUCACAAAGGAUGGCUUACCAGCUCUUUAAACAAGCAUGAAAAACGCAUGCAUAUGAUUUCUUAUAUAGUAUGCAUAUAUAGUGUAUGUGCUGUACAAUUAAUAGAUAAACUGAAACACAGCUCAUAAGCAGGCCGUGUAACUGGGUAGAUAAUGAGGGAUCAUAUUAUUUCAAUCAAAAACAGUUAUGAUAUCAUUACAUUUAUUUAUCCACAUUGAUAUAAAAAAAUAAUUCUGUCAUUAACGGUUAUCAUGGAAAUUUAAAUCCAUUAUACACAUUUUUUACACAGCAAAUAGCAUUUAAAGAUACCACUCUUGACGACGAGCUAUAUAAUAUUGCAUAAGAUAGUGACAUCAGCAUCAGAGAAUAAACCAAUUAUUGUUUUUACCAUGUACCCUGCUAUAUGUGUACCCUGGAUGAAGAACGAAGUUCAAAAUUAGUUAAGGAAGCGCAACGUUAGAACAGUCCGAAAUAUCUCAGCAUGAUCAAAUCGAAAACCAAAGCCUGAAAAAAUGAGCUAAUCAGCAGAGAAAAUAAAGCGGAUUAGAAGUGGUUCCGAUUUGAAAAUAAAAUGCCAAAGAAAAACUGAAAUCAUUUAUCAUUUCUACAUGACAACUGACAAUGGCAUUGAUGCAAUUACAGACGGAGACAAAGUAUCCUUUCUGAACUUUUUCUCAUGCUCAUAGUCCAACCUCGAUAACGCUAAUAACGAUUUUUUUCUGAAUUACCAACUACCAACAACUCCCUUUCAUCACUGAUUGUAAAGGCAUGAGGUCCAGAUCUAGUUCGUCCGAGGCUACCUACAGAUAGUUCAAAUGGUUUGCCUAAAACAUAUUUUAACAUGAACCGUCUUGUAUCUUUACGAUGACAUCCGCAUAACAGUGGACGAACGAAAAGAAGUUCGCGCUGUCCUUGAAAUCUAUCAAAACCGGCAUACCAAAGAGCUUCAUUCUUGGCUCAUCAUAUUCCUCUUUACUUUUUACGACAUUGUAGCCAAUAUAAAAGCCACGAUUCGUCUCUGUGCUGCUAACACCACUUAUGAAUAAUUGAUAACUUCGCUAUCGAAUCUUGAUCCUUACUCAAGAACGAGUUGUCCAAAUAUCUGCGAUGACCUAGGUCUAAGUUGGUAUCUUUCAAUUCUUACAAAACAGAGUUGCAUAGGGCAAGACCACCCAGAAAACAUUAUGGAAUAAGUAUCAGUGUGGCAAGUCAAAACGCACCUGGUCUAACCAUAGCAGAUUACGUCAUUACUAAAUAUAAAUGAUAUUGUCUCUAGUGACGACAAAUCUGCAUUAAAUGGGAAUCAAAGAACUUUGAAAUGAAUUUUAUAUCUCACCAAUGUCUUCAAUGCAUGUUCAUAUUUUUCGUCAGAUCGUUUCUUGAAUACAGUGAUGUGACACAAAAUAACUGCCUUUUUGCCCACAAGGUGGCCUCUAACGCGUUCAAAAUGAGGUUGCGAUUAUAAUCACAGAAGCCACAAAUAUUCUGAUAUUGACUGAGCUCUCAAACAAUUCAACUUAGUUUCCAUGACUGCAAUCAGGCGGCAACAUAGACCAUCUCUCCGAACUCAUUACCGUACAUAACCACCAAUCCUAUUUGCUUCGUUCUGCCUAUGUACUUUUUUUCAAACAAUAUACAAUCUCACCCAAUCUAAGGUUUCCUCCUUCUUACCACUAGCCAUUCCGAAAUGGGAACAACUUUUCUUCAACUGCUUCCGCAAUCCAAGCUUUCUGUUAAUAAUUUCAAAAUAGAAAGGUGCCAACAUCGACAACAAAAGAAUUGAGAUACAUCACACCCGCCCUUGGUCUUAGUCGUAGCACUCUGUCAAGUUGAGCUUCAGUUCAGCAUAUUAAAUCAACUUACUAAAUAUGCAUAGCCGUGAUAAUAACUGUUUCUUUAUUUAUACUGUUUUAGUAACUUAGUCCUCUCAAGUAAUUCCUGAACGAAGUCCCUAACCUUAUUGGUUAUAUUACAAAACUUCUUUGCAAUCCAGAAAAAUAUACAAACAUUCAAAUACCUUGUCUCCUUAUCCAUUUAGAAACAGUAUAUGCAUUAUUUAUAUCAAUAUGUAAUGUUCUAUUUAGAAAUCGAUAAUACUUUUAUAAUGCUAAUAAGCACUUUCCCUUUACCUGACUGCUUUAUUCACAAAUGUUUUAUACAAUUUAUUAUAAUAU